GAGAUUCAGCAAGAUGGGCACGAGUUACCCCCAGCAGAAAAUUGUCACUGUUGGACAGUUCAGAAUUGGUCUGAUCCAUGGACAUCAAAUUAUGCCCUGGGGGGAUUUGGCCAGCUUGGCGAUCCUGCAGAGGCAGCUGGACGUGGACAUCUUAAUAUCUGGACACACUCAUAAGUUUGAGGCAGUAGAACAUGAGAAGAAGUUCUACAUCAAUCCUGGUUCAGCCACAGGGGCCUACAGUGCUCUGGAAAGGGAUGUAAUUCCUUCCUUUGUUCUGAUGGAUGUUCAGUCCUCUGUCAUUGUUACCUAUGUGUAUCAACUCAUCGGGGAUGAGGUAAAAGUAGAAAGGAUUGAGUACAAGAAAACUUGA